AUGGUUUCACCCGAAACAGCAACAAUCACAACAAACCAUUCUGUUGCAACUCCAAUGUCAACGAUGGCCGAUUUAAAUCUUAUUGGAGGUUUUGUUCCAUCACAAAUGGGCACUCUCAUGCCGGAUACAGAUACACCUUCAGCAAUGGCAUUUUUAAAUAAUAGAUCGAACAACAAUGUAUUAUUCAGAGAUUAUCCACCAUAUAGUGACUAUAUUGCAGAAGGAUCAUCAUUCACAAAGGAUAUUAAAAUUAUUUUUCAAAUGAUAGCCCAAACUAGAUUUAUUGGUGGUGGUUUUUCAAAUGGAGGGGCAGUUUCAGAGGGUAUUUGUAAAGCUUUAAAGAUGUCUUAUUCUACCUCAAUCCCGAUCGAAGAGAGAUGUUUUAUACUUAUAACAAACAAUCCCCCAAGAGAUACUACAUGCAAACUAUGUGGGAUUUUUGAUUGUUUUGGUCAUAUAGACGAAUGUAUAAGGAAAAAUGUAAAAUUUUCAUUAAUCUCUCCACAAAAAACUUUAAAAGAAUCUUUAUUUGACAAGUUUGAUUCGAAUAUAAUUCAAACUAAUGAUGAUUCAAGUGUACAUAUCAUUGAUGAUUUAAUUUAUGCCGGAUUAAGAGGUUUUCCAAAUUUCAAAUCCCAAAAUCAAAUUUUAUUUAAUCUGGAGCAACAGGAAGAGUCUGGUCCAACAUCAACUAUCCUUCAAAAUACCAAUACUAAUAAUAGUAAUGAAAAUAAUAAUAAUAAUAAUAAUGGUAUAUCGGUACCAUCUUCUGUAAUAAAUAGUAAUAAUAUCGAUGAUAUUAAAACAACAAAUAAUACCAUUUCAAAUGGUAAUUUUUGGUUCCACAGAAUAACACCCUAUAAUAGUGCUGUUGCUAAUUCACAAAUAAGUACACUGAAUGAGCAAUCGGAUAUACAACCAAUAAACUAUAAUUUGGUUAGUCCUUUAACAAACACCCAACGACCACCAACACCAAUUAGUUACCAACAACCACCAACACCAAUAAGCCACCAAAAUACUCAGGUUGUACCAUCACAACAAAUCCCACAACCACCACCAUUUAUAAACAUUCAGCCAGUUGACUCUGCUUUAACUUCACCACAAGGCUUGGGUGUUUCAUUAUCUCCGAACCCACCACCAUAUCCUGUACAAAAACCAAAUCCUCCACCAAACCCAUUUUCUCCAUCUCAAAACAAUGUUAAUAAUAAGCAACCAUCAACUCCAAACCAACCAACAAGAGCAUUAUCAAGACAAAUGUCAGGUAAUUUUUUAAAUGUGCAACCUCCAGGAACUCCACCAAUUUCAACUUCCCCAUCUCAUCAUCAUCAAACACAAUCAAAUAUUCAACAACAACAACCUAAUACACCACAACAGCAACCCAAUACACCUCAACAACAGUUAUUGAAUAGUUUACAACAGCCUUUAACUCCUCAACAACAAUUACCAACACAUUAUCAACAACCACCAACUCCACAACCACCAACCCCAAUUAACCAACAACAACCACCAACCCCACAAUACCAACAACCACCAACUCCACAAUACCAACAACCUCAAACUCCACAGCAACCUCAAACUCCACAACAAACAAAUAAACAGCAACCAAGCACUCCACAACAACAAACAUUCCAAAAUAUUACUACUAAGAAAAGCGAGACAACAAGCCAUAAGGUUUGGAGUGGUAAUUUAUCAUAUGGUCAUGAUACUGGUUCGUUUGCAUCAUUGGUUGCUUUUGGUCAAACUAAAAUGGCUGGUGAUUCUUGCGUUAAUUGGCCUGAUACCUUGGUUAUUUCGGGCUUCAUUAGUGGUGAUGUAUUCCAGACUUAUUCAAAGAAUAUGACUUUUAUUUGGUUUGUACCUCAAAACAACGCAGAAAAUCCAGAGUUAACUUCGCUUCUAAAAAAAAUGCAAGAAGAAAAGUUGUUUCCAAUUGUUGAAAUCCCUGCACCUGCAUCCAAAACAAUGUUUUUAAUGAACCAAGAUGGUAAAUUAUAUGGUGGUAUUACUUCAGAAAUGAUUUUAUCAACCAAAAAAGAUAACACAAAUCAAAACAUAAAUAAUAUAAAUCAAAUUAAAAGUUCUCAAACUACUCCACUUAUACCAGCUAAUUCCCCAUUACCAAUACAAUCACCAUUACAAAAUAAUAAUAUAAAUAUGAAUAAUAAUACUGUAAAUACUCAACAAACACAACCAAUUCAACCACAAAACCUACAACAAAAUAUUAACAGACCUCCAUUCCCUCAGGGCCAAUGGCCCAGUAAUAUAUAA